AAGAUGAGGAUAAUUUGCAGACAGCUUGUCUUGUUGUUUUCUGGCUUUUGGGGACUAGCAAUGGGAGCUUUUCCUAGCAGUGUGCAAAUAGGUGGUCUCUUCAUCAGGAACACUGAUCAGGAAUAUACUGCUUUUCGAUUAGCAAUUUUUCUUCAUAACACCAGCCCCAAUGCAUCCGAAGCACCUUUUAAUUUGGUUCCUCAUGUAGACAACAUUGAAACAGCUAACAGCUUCGCUGUAACAAAUGCCUUUUGCUCCCAGUAUUCUAGAGGAGUUUUUGCCAUUUUUGGACUAUAUGAUAAGAGAUCAGUACAUACCUUGACCUCAUUCUGCAGCGCCUUGCACAUCUCCCUCAUCACACCGAGUUUCCCCACGGAGGGUGAGAGUCAGUUUGUACUGCAGCUACGGCCAUCUCUACGGGGAGCCCUCCUGAGCUUGCUGGAUCAUUAUGAAUGGAACCGCUUUGUCUUCCUGUAUGACACAGAUCGAGGUUAUUCAAUACUUCAAGCUAUUAUGGAAAAAGCGGGACAAAAUAGCUGGCAAGUGAGUGCCAUCUGUGUGGAGAAUUUUAACGAUGCCAGCUACAGGCGGCUUUUAGAAGACCUGGACCGAAGGCAAGAAAAGAAAUUUGUAAUAGACUGUGAAAUAGAAAGGCUUCAGAAUCUCUUAGAACAGAUUGUGAGUGUGGGAAAGCAUGUUAAAGGAUACCAUUAUAUUGUUGCUAACCUGGGAUUCAAAGAUAUUUCUCUGGAGAGAUUUAUGCAUGGAGGAGCCAAUGUGACUGGAUUUCAGCUAGUAGAUUUCAGUACCCCAAUGGUAACUAAGCUGAUGCAGCGCUGGAAGAAGCUGGACCAGAGAGAAUACCCAGGAUCCGAGACCCCACCAAAGUAUACAUCUGCAUUAACGUAUGAUGGAGUACUUGUGAUGGCUGAAACUUUCCGUAAUCUUAGAAGACAGAAAAUUGAUAUUUCAAGGAGAGGAAAUGCUGGUGAUUGUCUUGCUAACCCUGCAGCCCCAUGGGGUCAAGGAAUUGAUAUGGAGAGGACAUUAAAACAGGUUCGAAUACAAGGAUUGACAGGAAACGUUCAGUUUGACCACUAUGGUCGCAGAGUUAACUACACUAUGGAUGUCUUUGAGCUGAAGAACACAGGCCCUCGGAAGGUUGGUUACUGGAAUGACAUGGAUAAAUUGGUUUUGAUUCAGCAUGAACCUACACUUGGAAAUGACACUUCAGCCAUUGAGAAUAGAACAGUAGUUGUCACUACAAUUUUGGAGGCCCCAUAUGUUAUGUUCAAGAAAAACCAUGAUACGUUUGAAGGGAAUGACAAGUUUGAAGGAUACUGUGUAGAUCUGGCGUCAGAAAUUGCAAAACAUAUUGGUAUCAAGUACAAAAUUGCCAUUGUUCCUGAUGGAAAAUAUGGAGCAAGGGAUCCAGAGACAAAAAUCUGGAAUGGGAUGGUGGGAGAACUUGUUUAUGGGAAAGCAGAGAUUGCUGUUGCGCCUCUGACCAUCACUUUGGUACGAGAAGAGGUCAUUGAUUUUUCUAAGCCUUUUAUGAGUUUGGGGAUAUCCAUUAUGAUCAAAAAGCCCCAGAAAUCUAAACCAGGAGUGUUUUCCUUCUUGGACCCUUUGGCGUAUGAGAUCUGGAUGUGCAUAGUCUUUGCCUACAUUGGUGUCAGUGUGGUCCUGUUCCUAGUUAGCAGGUUUAGCCCAUAUGAGUGGCACACAGAAGAACCAGAGGAUGGGAAAGAAGGACCCAGUGACCAGCCUCCCAAUGAGUUUGGCAUCUUCAACAGCCUCUGGUUUUCCCUGGGUGCCUUUAUGCAACAAGGAUGUGAUAUUUCCCCAAGAUCCCUCUCAGGUCGCAUUGUUGGAGGUGUCUGGUGGUUCUUCACGCUCAUCAUUAUUUCAUCCUACACUGCUAACCUCGCUGCUUUCUUGACUGUUGAGCGAAUGGUCUCACCCAUAGAAAGUGCAGAAGACCUUGCCAAACAAACCGAAAUUGCUUAUGGGACACUGGACUCAGGGUCAACCAAAGAGUUCUUCAGAAGAUCAAAAAUAGCAGUGUAUGAAAAGAUGUGGACCUACAUGAAAUCAGCUGAGCCAUCAGUGUUCACAAGGACUACUGCAGAGGGAGUAGCUCGUGUCCGCAAAUCCAAGGGCAAGUUUGCCUUCCUGCUGGAGUCCACCAUGAAUGAAUACAUUGAGCAGCGAAAGCCAUGUGACACCAUGAAAGUGGGAGGAAAUCUGGAUUCGAAAGGCUAUGGCGUAGCCACACCGAAGGGUUCUCCAUUAAGAACUCCUGUAAACCUUGCCGUUUUGAAACUCAGUGAGGCAGGCGUCUUAGACAAGCUGAAAAACAAAUGGUGGUACGAUAAAGGUGAAUGUGGACCCAAGGACUCUGGAAGUAAGGACAAGACGAGUGCCUUGAGUCUCAGCAACGUUGCUGGAGUCUUCUACAUUCUGGUUGGAGGCUUGGGCUUGGCAAUGCUGGUGGCUUUGAUAGAGUUCUGUUACAAGUCCAGGGCAGAGGCGAAACGAAUGAAGCUUACCUUUUCUGAAGCCAUAAGAAACAAAGCCAGAUUAUCCAUCACAGGGAGUGUGGGAGAAAAUGGACGCGUAUUGACUCCCGACUGCCCGAAGGCCGUGCAUACUGGAACUGCAAUUAGACAAAGUUCAGGAUUGGCUGUAAUUGCAUCGGACCUACCAUAA